AUGGGAUACUCACAAAUGAUAUUCAUUUGCCUUGCCAUUCAAUUCAAUUCAAAUUGCCAGUCCUUAUCCUCCUCCUCCUCCUCCUCCUCCUCUUCUACAAGAUAAAAGAGCGCAUCCCUCCUUAAUCUCUUCUCCUUCUGAUCAUUCGUACUGAGAAGAGCAUCGCUGAUCCUUUUCCAUAACCAUUCCAUCAGUAAUUACUGUUGGGUGUGAGAGACACCAUCAUGGAGAGGAGAAGAAGAAGAAGAGAGAGUGACGGGCUCUUCCUUUUAGCAUUCCUUUCAUUGGGGUUGAUCUGCUCACUCUCGUCGUCAGUAAUGGGGACUGAUGCUGCUGCUACUGAGUCGUCUUCUUCUUCUUCAUUAAUAUACAAAACCAAAGCAACGUUGUCUGCAAAUUCCAAGUACCAUCACUACCGGGAAGAGUACAGGAGGAAUCUGCUUGCUAAUGGGCUUGGUCUCACCCCUCCCAUGGGGUGGAAUAGUUGGAAUCACUUCAACUGCAAGAUCAACGAGAAAAUUAUUAAAGAAACUGCUGAUGCUCUGGUCAGCACCGGUCUUGCUAAGCUCGGAUAUGAGUAUGUGAACAUAGAUGAUUGUUGGGCAGAAAUUGCACGUGAUACUAAGGGAAAUUUGGUGGCCAAGAACUCGACAUUUCCCUCUGGCAUUAAAGCCCUUGCAGACUAUGUUCACAGCAAGGGCCUUAAGCUCGGAAUAUAUUCAGAUGCAGGAUACUUUACCUGUAGCAAGACCAUGCCAGGCUCGCUUGGUCAUGAGGAAAAAGAUGCCAAAACGUUUGCUGCAUGGGGUAUUGAUUACUUAAAGUACGAUAACUGUAAUAACGAUGAUACUAAGCCAACUGUCAGAUAUCCGGUAAUGACCCGGGCUCUGAUGAAGGCUGGCCACCCAAUCUUCUUUUCACUGUGCGAAUGGGGUGACCUGCACCCUGCUCUGUGGGGAGCCAAGGUUGGAAACAGCUGGAGAACAACUAAUGACAUUUCUGAUAACUGGGACAGUAUGGUCUCAAGAGCGGACCAAAAUGAAGUUUAUGCGGAGCUCGCAAGACCUGGUGGUUGGAACGACCCUGACAUGCUUGAAGUUGGGAAUGGAGGCAUGACUAAGAAUGAAUAUAUAGUUCAUUUCAGCAUUUGGGCUAUUUCCAAGGCUCCGUUACUGCUCGGUUGUGAUAUAAGGAACAUGACAAAAGAAACAGUAGAGAUUGUCACCAACAGGGAAGUGAUUGCCAUCAACCAAGAUCUGCUUGGUGUUCAGGCAAAGAAGGUCAGAAUGAUGGGGGACCUUGAGGUUUGGGCUGGACCUCUCUCGGGAUACCGGGUAGCUCUGCUUCUUGUAAACCGGGGCCCGGUGCGAACUGCAAUUACAGCCCACUGGGACGAUAUAGGGAUACCUGAAAAUAGCAUGGUUGAAGCCCGGGAUGUCUGGGAGCACAAGACAUUGAAGACAAAGUUUGUCGGGAAACUUUCUGCGACUAUUGAUUCCCAUGCUAGCAAGAUGUAUGUCUUGAAGCCUGUUUCUUGAAAAGCAAGAGCGAUGACAGUAUAGGACUCUCUGGUCUUAUUAUAUAUAUAUAUAAUCUUUUUUUCAUGUUUUAGAUAUUAGAUAGAAAUGAUCGGCUUGAAUUCCAAGUUCAGAACUUUAAAGAGAAGUAUCGAAAGUGUCUCGUCAAUUGCUGAUGUAUGAGCCUUGAUAAUGUGAUUUAUCUGCAAUAAUUUCAACUGCAUGAUAUCCGUUUCCUUCGUUA